AUGGCUACCGCGUCGUCCUCCGCAGCCGGUCCACUGCCAGCGUCCCGGUCGCACGAUGUCGUCGACUCCGGCAGCCGGCAGCCCAGCCACAGCAACUCGAUCCGCAGCAACAGCACCAAAGCGACGGUGCACAUCAACGGCGUGGCCGUGGAUCACUUCCAGCAGAACUCGGACGUCGACGAGGACGUGGCGGCGUCGGCGCUGGGCGGCUCCUGCCAGAACAGCGACAUCCGCGGCUUCAUCUCGUACUCGAGCGACAGCAGUAUGAUCGAGCUGAACCUCAAGUUCCGCAAGUGCGCGUGCAACGAGAACAUUAUCAACAUUUCCAAAGAGAACUUGCAGCAGCAGCAGAAAGAAGUAGAAGGUCAACAUCGAACCACCACCACCACAGCCACUUCCUCGACGUUCAGCAAAGAAGGUAACAGUAAGAAAUUACUACAGUUAAACAAAGACAAUUUGAAUAGUUUAGUGAGUAAACUGAACGAUACGAAUAGCUCAUCCUCAUCGUGUACAAAAUGUAGAUUGACGUUAGAUAUAAAUAAUAUUUUAAAUCAGAUCGUUAGCGAUAGACAAGUCAAGUGUGAGACAAAGCUGGUAGUCGAUCAAGAAGCGGUUUCUGGGGCUGGGGCUGGAGCAGCAGUAGAUUCGGACGACGGAGAAGACCCGUCCAACGGACGGACGCUCAAGGUGGUGGGCAGUCCCUCGAAGGCCGCCAGCUGGUCACCGUCGCCGUUGUCGACUUCCCCCUCGCCACGGGCGAUCGCCGCCGAAGACCUGAACCGGCUGCAGCGACGUCACAGCGAAAACGUCGAGCGCCGCUCGAUCGGAAUCCAGCACGGUCUCAGACCAUCCGUUCAGCGCAAGAAGCACCAGCUCCGCCGAGGAAAGACCCAAGCCGAGGAAAUCAUCAUCAUCUCGGACGAGUUCCGGCGCCAAUCGCUGUCCGACCAGAAGGUCAGAAUCUCCCGCGGCGCAUCCAAAAAGGCCAUCUCCAAAUCGAUGGAAAGCAUCGAGGACAAAACACCACCCAACGGCAAAACCGUGGGCGUCCACCUCGAAGAAGACACGCUCACCGUCGUGCUAGACUCCGCCAAGUCCAAGUCCAAGUCCGUCGACGACAUCUCGCUCGGCUCGAACCACAACGAGGAAGAGUUCGGUCCGUCCACCCCGCUGGCAACCUCCGCCGCCGCCACCAACAGCGUCGAGCUGGUCUUCAUCUCGGACGAGUUUGUCCAGCGCAAGAGCAAAACCAGCUCCGACGUGAUCGUCGUCGUUGACGCCAACCGCAGGAGCUCGAAGCGGCGCAAAUCCGCGUCCGCCGCCCUCGCCCGAAACCAACUCGUCAUCAUCACCGACGAAGCCGACAAGAAGAAGCCCAAAGACGUCCGGAUCGUGCGCAGCGCAAAAGAUCCGCGCCGCAAGACGACCAUCUCGAACUCGAACUCGUUCCUCACCUACGAGGAGCCCUUUUCGCCGGAGACGCUCGAGAGCAAGGACAUUGGCACGAUGUUUGCGGAGGCGAGCGAAGCGGCGGCGCUGGCCGCGGCCAAGUAGAACGUUGAAUGCUCAUUUGUUAUGCCCGUUUAACCCUGCCCUCACUGCUACCACCUAAUUGCUAGGGAGAAAUGUGGCGCAGUCGUGAUUAUUCUAUUGCUUUCGGUGUUUUCGUUCUCUAUUUUUGAUUUUUUUAGAUGUUUUAUUGAGCGAUUCUCUGGCGUUAAUCGAUUGGAUUUGGUGUUUUUCGAUCGGAUUACUGCACUUUUUAUCUUGGAUUUCCUGGGAAACGACUCUCAGGUUUCGUAAAUUUCUAAAUAACAAAUCGAGUUCUACAAAUCUGAAAAAUAUAAAAAUCAUCUUAAUUUUCAACUAUUCUCUUUAAAUUUCUCUGAAAAUUAUAAACAGAAAAUCGCUGUCCAGGUCCAUUUCGGGGUGAAAUCAUUGUUAUCAUUCAUACCGAACUAACGUUUGAAACUAUUGAUUCAUAUUGCAUACUACAUUUCGGUAUAAAUUUUGAUUAUUUUCAUUUAAAAUCAAUAAGCAUUUAAAUCUAUUUUAUAAUUCAGGGGAGCCUCGCAGAUUUUUAGUUCGAAGAUUAUCUUAUUUCGAUAUAGGUAUUCAAUCUUGGUAUAAAAUUGGGUGAUCUCUAAACUAAUAAAGCCAGAUUUGUACUAAAUUUCAGUAUAAAUUUUAUUGAGUUUCAUUGAAUACUCAAGAAACAUUGAUCUUUAACAAAUCGAUGCCUUUGUGAUCUUUUGUUCUUACUAGAUAGCACAGAGGCAUCGAAAUAUCAAACACUUUUUGAUUUUUAUUUUCUUCCCCAAAUCAUCAAAAAUAAGAUAAAGAAAAUAUGUUUUCCCAUGGCCUUCGGGUAAUCAAGUCUGGACUUUAUGCAUUUUUUUUUGUAAAAUUCAUGCUGAACUCUAGUUUGAAAAUGUUGGUCUAAUUGUAUAACGUUUUUCGGUAUGUAUUUUUACUCGGAACAUGAUUGAUCUGCAACACUUCUAGAGUCUUUUUUUUAAAUAAACUCUAGAAUUAUCAAAACUGUCCGACUGCCUCUCACAUUUUCAUAGAACGCUUGAUCCCAGUUCGAAAUGGAAAUAAUGUGUGUUUGGUGUUAAUAUUUCAUUUUGGUAUGAUUUUUUAAUUCAUGCUGAACUCUACUAUGAAGAUAAUGGAUUUCUAUGUUUAAUAUCAGUACGAACUGAUUUUUAUUUGGAUCUCGAAGGCAAUAAUCUACAACUGCUUUAAACAACUCUUCGAUUGCUAUUUUUUUUUCUUUUGGGAUCUUCUGAUCAUGAUCAUGUACCUACUUGACGUGGAAUGGAAAUGGAAAUGUAUGUUCAGGAUUUAUGCUUAAUUUUGGUAUAAAUUUAUUUGAUGUUUUCUUAAUUCAUGCCGAACUCUGAUAUGAAGCUAUUGGACCAACUUUAUUACUAUACUUCAGUAUGAUUCGUAUUGAUUUGUAGUGAGUGAUUUACCUCAAGAUUUUUUUUCAAAAACCGAAAAUCAGUUUUAAAAAUAUAUGUUAUCCCAAAAAAGUUUAAAACAAUUUAAAUGCUGAAUUCAGAACUUAUGAAAUCGAAAUUUGCGUCAUUUGGAGGACAGAAAAUGGGAAAGAAAGCUCUCAAGAAAGUUCAGAACAAAUAGAACUCAGUUUGGUAUACAGUAUUUCAGUUUCAAUUCAAUGUCAAAUAGUGAACACAAAAAAUGCAAAACAAAUUUGUUAAGUGGAGUUUCAAAACAUUGUAGUGCUUAUUUCUGAAUAAUUGCUAGUUCUUUUCAUAUAAUUAAUGCCAUUGAAAAUAUCUUUUUAAACUUUGGUCUCUCAACUAGACUAAUAUCGAGAGGAAGUAAAAAAUAAUAAAAAAUCAUGUCACGAUAUCAACUUUUCAGAAACUCAUAAAACGUAUUUUGGUUUCAGCUUGUGGCGGUCUUGUUUAUCACAAUUUCACCAAUAACAAUAUAUUGUUAAAAGAGUCCAACCAUGCUUAAUAUUUUAUCAGCAUAGGAAAGUGCAUUUCAAAUCGUUUGCAAUACAUUUCAAGACUAUUUCCAAUGGAAUUUUUGAAAUCUCUUAAAAAUAAUUUCCCUUAUUUUUUCGGACUAAUUUUUAAGGGAGGAAAAACUAAUUUGGAAAUAUUUUAAAGUUAAUUUGAUUUUUUUCCGGUUCGGUAUGCAUUUCUUUUGUAUUUGGUUUCGUAAAAUCAUUCUGAACUCAAGCAUUAAACUAUUAUCUUUAACUGAAAAAUCUAAAUAAAGAAUAAAACAAAUAAUGUAUUAUUGUUUUAUUGAGUUAUUAAGCAGAAAAUUCAUAACGUUCGAUCGAUUAACGCUAGAGAAUUACCCUUCUGUUAGUUGUUCCUCCUGAUUCUAUUGUACAAACGUUUGUUCAAAUCUUGUUGUUUCGUUCCCCAACCACAACGUCCUGCUUUGAUUGGCUUGUCAACCAAUUGGUGUUUUCUUUCAUCAAAGGUCAAAUCUUCAUCAGCGAUUAAACGCAAUUAAAUAAACAAUACAAAAAUGUUUCACUAGAUGUUACAUUGCAGCAACCGUAGAUUGAUUUACACUCUUAUGUACAGCACCAAAUUAGCGCAAAACCUUAUCCCCGAAACGAUAAUGGCUGAAAUUAUGAAACUGAAAAUGUCUGACUGAUGUAGUAAGCACAAACAUAUACCAGCAAAACUAACAGUAGAAGUUAACACACACACACACACACUCAAAGACACUCACACGAUCAUCAUCACGAGAAUCCGAGAGUAAUCGCAAGCUACCUAGUUCCGAUAAUCUUACACCAAUGUUGUUUUUCCACCUUCAUUGCAGAUCUGAUCUGAAUUCACCUUAUUGCCGUCCCAUUACUAGCAAAAAAAACAAAAACAAACAAAACUAAACAAAGCAAAAUCAAAGUAUAAAUGUUGCAAUUGUGUGUGUGUGGUUCAAUCACACCAACACAAAGACACACACACACACACCCGUAGCGAAAACCCCUUCCGGAGAUCAAUCUUUGUCGAUGUAGUCGCGUGUAUUUGUAUUGCCACAAACACACUCAUACUAAUUUAUAUAUAUACUAGCUACUAGGAAUGCGUGAGCGUGUGACGUCGUGCGUGCGUGUGUAACCUUAAUCCUUCCUGAAUGAAAAACGAAAAAAAAGAGAAAAAUGUGACAGAUACUGUGAGCACAACAUUAGAUUCCCCCUACAUAUAUUUUUGGAUCUUGCAAUAUAUUGUGUAGCUUAAAAAUGGUGAUUCCUGCAUCAAACGUGAAAGACUUGAAGGCUUCCUAAACCUUUAGUGGAGACAUGAAAAAAGAGUACGAACUGUGUAACAUUCCUUCCCUUUCCUUCCAUCUCUCUAUUGUUCUGUACAUCACUCUCUCCUCGGCACUCUGUGAUCGAACCCC